CGCAACUAAUUAAUAACCAAAACUUCAUCAUGGCUUCUUUCGUUCCGACAACAAUACUCCUCCUCCUCCUCCUCUUUUCAGCGACCACCGUCGUCGUCGUCGUCGUCAGAAGCAGCGGCUACAACGGAGACUACAUGUUCGGUUACUGCAGCCCCUACAGAUUCGUGUACUCCACUGCCGACUUGAUCGAAAAAGAAAGAGUCGUGUACGAGGCGAUGUCUGGCACGUACGGAGGCGGCCACAAGAAGAAGCAGGAGAAAUGUGCCUUCUCCCCCUCCGCCGCCGCCGGCGGCGGCGGCUACUCCUUUUUCUGUGCCUAUGCUUUCUGCAGAUCAUCGCUGUCUCAAAACGACUGCCGGGAUUGUCUGAACGACGCCGCAUGGCAGUUGGAGGUUAGGUACUGCAGUGAUCGGGCGGGAGGGCAGCUGCGUCUAAUGGACUGUUUCUUGCGCUACGAGACCUACCAAUUCUGCACCUAAAACACAAGAAAUUGAUGGGAGCAAAUAGGUUAUUUGUGGUCCAUUUUAUAUUUGUCUGCUAAAUCUAUAAAAGUUAAAAGGCUUAACUAUCCCUUUCCAAACAACUCGAGUUAUUGGGACCAAAUGGUUAGUUCGCUAACAUGGUAUCAGAGCCUAGAAUCGAAAGGUCAUGGUUUCGAAUCCUCAUAACGACCGCCAUUUCAUGCCAAUUCGUUUAGCACAAGGAAUGGUAUGUCCAACCUGUGCAAACUAAAGCCUCGUGGUUUGGCAGCACAAGGGUUCAACCUGUGCAAACCGUAAAAAUCCACAAUUCGGCAUCGGCUUUCGUUUGAGGGGGCGUAUAAAAGGUUAAAAGGCUU